AUGAAAAGCAAAGACCUUCAAAAUGUAGUACUGCGAUUACAUGCUCAAGGUUUAAGUGGUCAAAAGAUAAUGGAACAUCUUGGAGGUAAAGUAAGUAAAGCAACAAUUAACAAAUGGGUAAAAAGAUUCAAGGAAUCUGGCGAAAUCGAUUUGCAACGUCCAUCUGGUCGAAAACGUUCAAAAAGAACCAAAAGAUUGAUCAAACAAAUUAAAUUCCAUUUUCUUCAAAGUAAAAAGAGAAUGUCAACACAAAAAUUAGCUAUGGUCCACAAUGUAUCAAGAAGAACUAUGCAACGUUUGAUUAAAGAUGAUUUAGGAUACAAAUCAUAUAUUAAACGUGUUGCUCCUAAACUCACAGACACUGAAAAGAAAAAAAGAUUUUCAUUUGGAAUUUGGGCAAGAAAGAACGUGAGAAAAUCAUUAUCAAGAAAAAUUCUUUUUUCUGACGAAAAACGAUUUGAUAUCGAUGGGGUUUAUAACAAACAAAAUGACAGAAUAUGGGCUCCAAGUCGUGAACAAGCUGAUCUUAAUGGUGGAAUCCAUCGAAAAACAAAAUUUCCUCAAGGUGUGAUGGUAUGGUUAGGAGUCUGUCAUGAUGGUGUUACUCGUCCAGUUAUUAUUGAAAAAGGUACAAUUGAUCAUCGACGAUAUAUCAAUGAAAUAUUGCCAAUAGCACUAAAAGAUGGUACAAAAUUAAUGGGUAGUGAAUUUACUUACCAGCAGGAUGGUGCACCAGCACAUACGGAUCAUCACACACAAAAAUGGUGCAAAGAUCAUUUUUGGGAUUUUUGGUCAAAAUCACGAUGGCCACCGAAUUCACCCGAUCUUAACCCACUCGAUUAUUCAAUAUGGUAUGAAUUAUGUAGUCAGAUGAAAUGGGACAAAGUUACGAACAAAACAACUUUAAUCGGUGAAAUUCGAGCUGGUGUUAAAAAGAUUAGACGAGAAGUUGAUCAAAUAGUGGUGAUGGCAGAAACAAGUUCUCGUGAAUUGGUUGAACAGUUUGUCAUUAAGUAUCUGAUCGAACUGAGAUCGAAAUUGAAGCAGUGCAAUGUGGAGUUAAUUGCACAGCCUCUAGUUUGUCCAUCGAUAUUACUGUCGUUGGACAUGAUCGAUAACUCACUCAAAGAAUUUGUUCGAAUACAUCCAAAACAUUGGCUAAAUCAAGUGAACCAUCAACUGACGAAGUUCAAAGACGAUAUUCGUCAGCAAUAG